CGAGCUUAAUUAUCGAGAGUCACUUUAACGGUCCACAAUUACGUAAGAAGCCAUAGUGGGGCAAAAGGAGGGGCUCGAAUAUAAUCGUACAUUUUCAAGUUGCUUCUACUUUCGGAGUCGGUUUGUAGCACAGUAUAGUUAAUUUAUUGAUAAAACGAGCUGGCAUAUACCGAAGAAAGCGUCGUACGUAUCGCUUUUUUUUCCUGUAACACCGGCAACAGUUUAUUUAAAGGUUGUUUCAUCAGUAGAGUCGAGCAGCGACAAGCUCUAUACGCAACAUUCAACUAAGGUACUUAUCUUCAUUACAAUUUACAAACAGGAUGGAAACAGAGUUACAGUUCAAACUUAUCACAAAAGAUGAGAAACCAGAAAUUCGCCAAUUUUUACUCGAUAACUACUUCCCCGACGAUCAAAUUUUACUCUCGAAUGGACGCGUACAACCAACCGAAGGUGAAAUUCAAUUCAUGCUUGACAUUAUUGAUGAGAAUUUAUCCUUCAAAGCGUACAAUCGAGGAGAACUUUGCGGUAUCAUACUGAAUGGUGAAUUCGACCGGAACUGUGUGCAAGAACAGCAACAAAAAGUUGACUCUUGUCGUUGCGAGAUUUUCAAAAAGAUCCUGGAAUUUUUUUUAGCGUGGGAAAUCGACACACAUCGAUGGGAAAUACUAGAAUGCGAUAAAGUAUUCAAUAUACACGUAAUCGCCGUAAAAUCGAGCUACAGAAGGAAAGGUAUUAUGAAAGCUUUAGUGAACAGAAGUCUGGAAUGUGCCAAACAACUCGAACAUACCUCGGUCACGGUUGAUUGCACAAGCUUCUACACGGCGAAAUAUUUCCAAAAGACAGACUGGAAUUGUAUAUUCUCUUUGCCUUUUGUGCAUUUCAAAGAUAACCAAGGAAAUCCGAUAUUUGUAAAGAAAAAUUCGCCGCAUUUGCAUGUUACAACGUUUCACUUGCAAAUUUAAAAACUUCAGUUACCAUGUAAAUACGUUUUGAAAUAGUAUGUAGUGUGCUGUACAAUGUACAUACACACCAAGACAUGCAUCGUCGCAUCCCAGCUAUCUUACCAUACUAUAUAUGGUAGUUUCAAGUUGUGAAAAGUUUUUAUCACGUUAACCAAUUAAAUUAUCUACUUACUUACGUGUUCGUUUGUACAACAAAGUAUACAAAAUAUUCGAGUAAGCUGUUUAACUAAAUUAAACACUUUUUUCCACGCUAUUUUCGUAUUCGUCGUGAAAUUUUAACCUAUUUUGAUACGUCGCACGAUGCAAUUUUGGUGGAAACUUAUUUUACGUAUGUGUGGCAACGUCGCUGUGUUAUUUUUUGAUUUUCAUACUGUAUUAAAUGGUUUUUCGAAAAAAAAUUCUUCUGCUUGGUUUUAUAA